CUGCUUCCCCAGGAGCCUUCUUACUGAGGACCUGAGAGGAUGAGNGGUCAGACCCCACCCACACUCCAGAAGCUAGCAAGGCAGACACUCCUGAGAUAUGAGGCUUUGGCCAUAUCCUCUCUGGAGGAGCUGCCCGCUGUGGUCUUCCCACCAAUGUUCCAAGAGGCCUUUGCUGGCAGACUCAACAAGCUCAUAAAGGAAAUGGUGGCAGNCUGGCCUUUCCCCUGUCUCCCUGUGGGGCCAUUGAUAAAGAUGCAUAACCUGGAAACCUUGCAGGCUCUGCUAGAUGGCAUAGACAUGAGACUGACAAGAAAGUUUCACUGCAGGAGGCCAAAACUUCAGGUUCUUGACAUGAGAAAUGUGCACCAUACAUUCUGGAAAAUAUGGAACGAUGAAAAGGACAGUGACUGUAAUGCAGAUACCUUGGAUGAAAAGCAAGUAAUGAAGGUCCCUCCCAGAUAUGCUCUGAGGCAGCGUCUGAAGAUCACAAUUGACCUGGCAAUCAGUUCCCAGCUCAAUGAAACAAAAGCAUAUUUCUUGAAUUGGGCCAAGCAGAGAAAGGGGUCCCUAAAUUUCUGCUGUACAAAGAUGAAGAUCUGGGAUGCACCGGACCAAGUUAUCAGAGAAUUCAUGAAUAUUUUUGAUCCAAGGCACACCACAGAAUUAGAACUGUAUACCGACUGGACCCUGUUAAGGCUGGCACAUUUUGCUCCCUACUUUGGGAAGAUGAAAAAUCUUAAAAAAUUCUUCCUGGCACCACUCCACAAGAACACCUCCCCUAUUAUGAAUAUAACACAGGCCUCAGCAGUCAAGUGUGUCAACAAGAUUAUUUCUAAAUUUUCCAAAUUCAAAUGUCUCCAGCAUGUCUUCAUGAAACGUGUCCAUUUUCUCAGAGACCACCUCAGUCAGGUCCUAGGGUGCCUGAGGACACCCUUGGAGACCCUCUCCAUCACUCACUGCCUAAUUUCACAAACAGACGUGGAUUCCUUUUCCUGCUGUCACAACCUUUUUAAGUUAAAACAUCUGGAAAUCAGAGGAGUGAUGCUAUAUGCUUUCAAUAUUACGCCUCUGAGAGGUCUCCUAGGAAAAGUGGCAGGCACUCUUGAGUCUCUGGAUUUUCAGUGGUGUAACAUGAAGGACUACCAGCUCAAUGUCCUCCUACUUGCCCUCAGUCAAUGCUCUCAGCUCAAACAGAUCAACUUCUCCAACAAUGACUUCUCUAUGGCCAUCCUGAAGGACCUUUUACAGCACACAGCCAACUGGAGCAACGUGAAUGUGGAACAAUACCCUGCCCCUCUGGAGUGCUAUGAUGCAUUGGGUCAAGUCUCCCGAGAAAGAUUUGUCCAACUUUGUCAGGAGCUCAUGGAUACACUGAGGGCAAUAAGGCAGCCCAGGAGCAUCUCUUUUGCUACAAAUGUCUGCCGCAAUUGUGGUAAGACUUGUGUCUAUGGCCAUGAUGCCAGAUUUUGUUCCUGUUUGUAGUAAACAUGGAUACAGGAAUUCUUGAUGUAAAUAAAUGACAGGUUUGGGACACAUCGCUCAUCUAUGGUGCUCAGAGACUGUGACUUUAGAUACUUCCCAUAUGGUUAAAAGUAAAGAGAUAUACAGUGACUGGGACCCUGAAUGCUGAGCUUGAAAUAUGGACUAUUCCAAUAGAUUGUUAGACCAGGGGCAUGGUGGAGUCAGAAAAAAAGUUUGGCAUUUACAUGUGGCUUCUGCCCAGACAGUACAUAUAGAUGCUUUUUAGUGUGCCUAUAAACCUGGAUGCUCUCUCUCUGGGGUCUUUGACUUUUACCAACCUCACUACUAGGUUCAGGGUCGGGAAGGUUGAAUGGGUCCAGGAUUGGAAAGGCACUGGUAUUUUAUCAAGGAAACAUUCCAGGUGAAUAUGGCAUGUAUAAAAUGAAAGUUUUCUGGAC